UCUGAAUUUUACUUCCCGUUUGGUUAACUUUAGUUAAAGAGAUUGAAGAUUUACAAGUCGUAUCAGAAGUGAUUGUGAAUAUCUGUCUAAUUUCUCACAAUGAAGAACAUUUUUGGAGUGAUGGUUCUUGCAACGUUUAUAUUUUUGACUAAUGGCGCUCCGACCAGUUCAAAAGAAGACACAAGAUCAUUAGAUGAGAUAUUGAUGGAUGCUAUGACCCAGAAUAAUAAUGUUGAGAUGUUAGAUUUGUUUCAUGAUUUGGGUGAUGGCAAAAUGAUGGCUAUGGUGGAACUUGAUAUUUUAUUAAACAGGACAGAAUUGGCUCAAUACAGAUCGCCAGCUAACAGACACAAAAGAAAAGCUUAUAAUAAUUUAAGACUGAGAUGGCCCAAUAACCAAGUUCCUUAUCAAAUUCAGGAAACAGAUUUCAGCUCGAGAGAUAUAUCUACCAUCAGAGCUGGAAUAAAAGAUUGGGAAGACAUGACAUGUUUAACAUUUAAUGAAGUUCCACGAAACCAACUGAACCAGAAUCCUAGCCGAAUACUCUUCAGAAAUGGAGACGGGUGUUAUUCCAGAUUAGGGCGAACUGGUACUGUUCAACCAAUCAGUUUAGGACGUGGUUGUAGAACGAGAGGUAUUGUUGUCCAUGAAAUCGGUCAUGCUAUUGGUUGGAUUCAUGAACAAGCUCGCCCAGAUCGAGAUGAUUUCAUCACUGUUAACUUUAAUCAAAUCCCACCUAAGUGGCAGUCCCAAUACAGUAAAAGAUCACCAAAUGUUAUUAAUGAUUUCAACGUUGAAUAUGAUUAUACCAGUAUUAUGCACUACUCGGCUAAUUCAUUCGGACCCAGAACAAUUGUUACUAAAGAUCCAGCUUUCCAGAACUUGAUUGGUCAACGUCAAGCAUUGAGUUUUAGAGAUGUGAAAUUGGCCAAUCUAAUGUACAGCUGCGCUGCUGAAUGUACGAGACAAACCUGCCCUGGAGAGGGUUUCCAAGGAAAAGAUUGUCGAUGUUAUUGUCCAAUGGAAACAACAAACAUCCAAAAUCCUGUUAAAUUGUGUGAUAUGACAGCAACAACUCGUCGUACAAUACGAACAACAACACCAUCAACUACAACUACAACGCAGUCCACUGUUAAACCACCACCAGAAUGCAGAGAUAUUUUACUACAAUCAAGGUGUGAAUCUUUAAGAGAUAAUGAACAAUGUAGACGCGAUCCAGAAAGAUUGAUGGUAUAUUGCAAGAAAACGUGCAAUUUCUGUGAUGAAGAUCCUAAUAAGAUGUGUAUGGAUUUUGAUAAUGCCUGUCCGUUUAUAGCCUCGUCUGGUUACUGUAAUAGCUCAUUUUCUGAUUUAGUUAGAGAAACAUGUCCUAAAUCUUGUAAAGUUUGUAUAGCACCAUCAACAUGUGCACUGGAUAUGAUUGAAAGUUUAUCUCCAAGGAUCAACCCCAGUCUGUUUUCGUUGUUGUUUGUAUUUAUGGCAAUUUUCAUCAAAAAUUAAUCAUAUAUUUAAAUCCCAUGUGUUCGAACUUUCUUGCCUAAUGUAGCAAAAUGUGGAUCAUCGAAAUCUUUCAAAUUUGCUUUGUUGAAGGGAUUCGUGACGUCAUGAAACUUGUUUUAAGAGUGUUAUAACAGUUUAUAAGUGAAAUGACUAACAAUGGAAAACAAUGUUUUAUACUAUGUACUAUUCCUGGUUUUUGUUUAAUACAACAUUCAACAAUUUAUAUUGGCAUCAUCAGUUGAAAAUGACAAGGUAAAUUGUUGAACCGUUGUGUAUAAUAAAACCCAGUUCCAUACUAUAUCAUUGUGUUCCCCAAUUUAAUGUGAUUUUUCUGUCGCAUAAGAAUCCGUUCUAUAAAUUGAUUUUUAUCACUCAUUUCACAUCAUUAGAUUUCGAUCUCUCUCCAUUCAAGAAACCUGUUUGUCUCGGAUUAUUUGUGUCGUUUGUUUUGUGAUAUUUAUAUAUUUUGUUUAUAUAUAUUUGUAGAUAUUAUCGUCAAUAUUAUAAUUUAUUUCAUUUGUGAAUUAUGUCAAAAUAAAUUUAAAUUUUUGUCCAAUCCAUUUCUAAUAAACAGUUUACUAUUAUU